AAGCAAGCGCACAGCCCUCUUCUUAACAUGUGGCUUUGUUAUUGUUUAGAUUUAGGCCUUGGCUUGAAAGUUGGUCACAAAGCUCCUCCUACUCAAGAGAGCUGAUUGGAUAAGAUUAAGGGCAUGUCCUUUUUCAUUGGUCGAAGCGAAGUCAUCGCGACCCCGCGUGAACAGUAAAACGAAGCGGGCACACGGGUUCAGCUGCAAGGAAAAACCUUAUUCCGCUGCUCACUGCUCUCCGCCGAAUAGUAAAGCAAGUCAGCUGAGUGAGAUCAAGAUCUAGACUAGACUCUAGUCUUUAACAAUUCAUAUUGAACUAGAAAGAAGGAGACAUGCAAAAUGUUUACGUGUUAUAUCACACUUCCAAACAAGCAGUUUCACGAAAUCGAAUUCGAUCCCAAGCAAAUUGGACAAGUUAUUCUUGACAAGGUUCUUGAUGUUCUUGGGAUAAUUGAGGUUGAUUUUUUUGGCCUACAAUACAACGGAUCAAAAAAAGAAGAAUUGUGGCUGAACCUGCGUAACCGUGUCUGUGAUCAAAUCAUCGGGUCAUCCCAUGUGUACCGAUUGAAACUGAGAGUCAAAUUCUUUGUUGAGCCACAGUACAUCCAACAAGAGUCCACAAAGGAUCUGUUUUAUGUACAAGCUAAAGAAGCCAUAUCCAAAGGACACAUAUCCUUAACAGAGCCACAUUGUGAUGAGUGCAAAUUAGCAAAGCUUGUGGCUUACAUCACUCAAGCUGAGCAUGGAGACUUAACAUGUAAUUCAUAUCAGCGGCACACUUACGAAGAGAUUCUGAAAGAGCUGUAUCCAACAUACAUCCCAUCACAAACCCUCAUUGACAGGGUGCUCUGGGAACAUUCCAACCUGCAUGGCAUGCCUCGGGCAAGUUCAAGGUAUUUCAUGCUACAGAUUGUAAGUGAGCUGCCUGGCUAUGGGAUGGAGGUGCACAAAGUUCACACAGCUCAGGGAUUCGAUGUCAACUUUGGAGUUGGUCCAGAGGGACUUGUUCUCCAAAAUGCCAAGACCAAGGAGGAGAGAACGAUUCCAUACCUCCAGAUCAGCUUAGCCACACACAAUGACAAGUCGGUUCAUGUACAGCUCAUUGAUGAAGCAGGUGAACCUCAGAUUGAGGAGUGCUAUAAACUGGUCAGUCGUAAGGCGGCAAUUGCUCUGUACCGUUGCAUCACAGAAAUGCAUUCCUUCUACAGAUGUGACACUGUGUGUCCUGAUGUGCAGUCCCAAUACUGUAGAGACUUCAAGGGCACCUUUGUCUCAAUAUUCAAUGAGAAUUCGGAGUUGGGAAAAAGAUACAUCUUUGAUAUUCAGCGCACGAGCAGAGAGGCUUACGAUUGUGUCAGGCGGAAACUGUACGCAAAGUCUUCUAGUCCCAAUUGCAGCCCAGUACACAAUUUUCAUUCAUGUGGGUCAUGUGUUGAUGAAGAUGAAGAAGAGGAAGAUGAAGACGUAGAAAGAAAUGAAGAGGAAAAGGAAAGUGUGGUUAAUGAUGUUGCCGGUGACUUGAUACAGCAGAAGCAAAAUACAAAUUUGCAAAAGGAAGUUAAGAGUCUAAAGCGUCGUCUUGAAGUGUUGGAGGACUCACUUUUGUGCUGUAUCUGUAUGUACCAAAAAGUCUGCAUGGUGCUGUGCCCAUGCGGUCAUAUGACCUGUGAUAUGUGCUGUGAACGAAUUGAGGAGUGUCCCUUGUGUCGCACAGAUAUCGAUAGGUUUCAGAAAGUCUUUCAGGGUUUUGGAUCUAAUGCAAACACUGUAUGUGAUAGUAUACCGCAUGUUCAGACGGAUUUGUGAAAAAUUAAUCUUUUCCAAGGACUUAAAGAGCAGUGGACACAAAAUGUGAUCUUAAUCAUUCCAUGUGUUGAGCACAUGUGAUUUUUACAUCCUCAACACUUUGUUCAGACAUUUUCAAAAUGGUCAGGUUGGUGUGUUUUUUCGUGGAUUAUGGGACAGUACGGACUGAUAUCAAGUCAGACUCUUUCGCUUCUGGAUGAGCCCAUUUUUUACGUCACAAGACUGAGCUAUAAAUGGCAAGGAGAGUAGAUGGCAGUAGCUUUUUAGGCUGUGAAAUGGACUUUGACAACAAACUUUGGUGUGUUUCUUCCAAAGGAUCUGUUGAUGAACUCAUUUGAUAUAAACACAAGGUGCUUUUUUUCAUUGUUCGGGAAUCGAUUUUAUGAACAGAUCAGCAAUUGUGAAACCACAUGUCCAGUGUUCUAAUGAAAAGACCGCUUGGAGGUCGUGGAUAAUCAAGAAAUUUUGCUCUCGGGUUAUUUUACUCUGCUUAUAUAUGCUUUUAAUCUGUAACAAGAUUUUCAUUGAAUUCUAGUCUUGUUCAUGUAUCCUGUUCCAUACUGUCUUUGUCACAAGUGAUGUGUAAAAAUUUGUAAUGUUUAAUGGGAGGGUUCAAAAUUUUGUGUGCCAUUUUUUAUGCUACCGAUGUUCAAUUGUCCUGUAAAUGCGUGAGGUUUUCAACUGCUUAGUUUCUUGAGUGCAAGGGUAUAAAUGUCGUGACAUGGUGGAAUCGGGCACUUGUUUAUUUUUAGGCAGAUGGAUUUAUUCGUAUCGUCUGAAAACUUCUUCAUUUGUCUUGCUUUCGAUGAAAAAAAUAUCCAUUUAUUUUGGGUACAAGUCGAGAUAUUGGCAAUUGAAGGAGGUGGGGGUCACCUGGUUUCAGAGGUAAAAUUUGCAAGUGAAUGGCCGCCAAAGUUUUGCUAUUUCCUUUGCUUGAGAAUCCGCGGAGACUGAAAAUUUGCUUUUUUGUGGCUUUUAUGGAUGGUUUUCAAUAAAAUCUGUACAAAAAUGUGUGUUCUUAAAUGGAUAUGGAAGGUGCUGAGCUAAAAAACAAAAAUUAAAAGUAAAAUUCCCAAACCUGCGGAAAAAUGCGAGUUUAUUCGUUUUCAUUAUUUUGACGAGCGCCUGAUUUCACCUCGCUGUCUCACAUAUUAUUGUUUAGUUCUUAUUGUAUAGUCUGAAUAGUAAAGAUAAACUGAGACAAAAUCAUGGAAGUUUUUAAAAGUAAGCUUUUGUUCUCCACGAGCCUUUGCCAAAGGGUCAGAUAUGUGGGUGUGUCAAAUUUUGACCUGAGUUAUGAACUUAUACAUUUUAUACAUCAAUGACACCAUCAAAUAUUUUUAAAAAAAGAAAUUCCUGCCAAUGGACACAUUUAUGGCAUUAUGAUGGUGUAUACUAAAUAUGUUCAAUGUUUGAUUGCAUUUUGUACAAUGGUUUAGGUUGAACAACAUUCUCUUCUUAACCAAGUUAAACAACUGGUACAUGUGCGUUCAAGAUGAGAAUAAAUGCCAUAUUGUUAUGAAAAGUUAUAAGAUGCAUGCAGCACUUCAAUAAAUCAGCUCAAGCAGUUCGACUUUGACUAAUGUACCAGGUAUUUCCUUGACAUAUGUGCAUGUUUUUAGAAGACAACAUAUUUUUCAUUAGUAGUGGGUGGUUGAUUUUAAAAGUCCUCAUGCAAACACCUGCACCCUUUUGGCAAAAGCAAAGCUAUGAAUGAUGAUAGGAUGAUAUUAAGAGGAAAUUGAGGCAAACAUAAAUUUACUAGUCAGCAUCAUUUCAUUGCAAAGAUGGCAGUCAGAGAAAAAGUAUCAUUUUUCUUUUUGUGUAAACUAUUGUAAUGUAAAGCAUAAUCUGAUGACAUGGGAAGAUCAUCCAUUUGGCAUUUUUUAUACUGAAAAUCUCUGUGAUAAAAAAACAAUGAAUAUUUUCCAUGUCAAGUAGUAGAGAAAUUGGAGCGUCAUUAGCAAAAAUAUAUUGACUGUGCAGGGUUUUUUUUGUCAGCCUGAGUAGUACAUCAAUGGUAGGAGACGAUGUGUGCAUAUUUGUAUAGAUUUAAUGAAGAAGGAUCAUAUUAUCUCUUGUGUGUCUGCAGUAUUGUAUACAGAAAUGCAUGGGAAGAGAGAAACCAAAGUAGUUGUCAGUAUUGAGAAAAAUAAAACAAUUGGAUAACUGUAGUUUUGGACAAUGUUAAAGAAUGUUGUUAUAUUAUAAUGUUAAAUAUCAGUGAAAAGUAAGGCUAGAAAGCUUUCAAAGAUAUAUAUUGAAUGUAUUAUAAUUUAUUGAUUUUAGACGCGGCCAUUUCUAAGAAAAUGCCUUGGUCUUUAAAAAUAAAAUAUGGUACCAUUAAAAAUUUUUUAAAGUUUUUAUGGACACUUUGACUAGAAGUUAUGACUAUGACAUAAGGGUACAGUUUUGCUAUAUUUGCUUCCUUGAGUCAACAGUUUUACUUAACUUCUGAAGUCUAGGUCUCAGUCUGUCAUGCUGGCAUGGAGGGAAGAGAGAGAAGUUUGUUGUAUGGUGAUGAAUACUCUAGAAAAUGCACACGCAUAAUGUACAUCAACAAUAUCUUUUGAGCAGUUUAGUUUAGAUACUCACUUCUAACAUGGCUACAGAGUGGAAAAAACAAUGAUCGAGGAGAGACAAGUGAGUCUUUUGUGUUUUGUCGUGAAAAGAAUGAAGUGUAAAAAAUGUUACAUAAUGUGAAAAUCUGAAAUUAUCAUAUCACUUGAUUUGAUGCUCAAAUGAUCAUUUGCAAGAGUUUUCAAGGCCUUACUGGUUUUAGUUUGUCCCAUAAAAAGAGAUCUACAAUUUUCAAUGGCUAUGGUGUCUUUGAAGCCCAUUUUCUUUUUACUGUUAAAAAAGGACCUCAGAUUUGUUCAUUAUCAUUUAUAACUUAUAUAAUUAAGAAGCCAUGAAAACUUCCCAGACAUCCCUGGUUCAAGAAUAAGAACGCCUUCUUGGAAAUUAGAUCCGGGGUUAUAUCAUCAUAGUCCAGCACACCUACAGAAUGAAUUUCUUAUGUUGCAAUGAAUCAAAAAUUGUGAGAAAGUGAAAUACUGUGCCUACACUGGGUUUCAGGGUAUUUUUUAGUUGGUUUUUUUUUUUAAAGUUUGAAAAUAAGAUAGCUUUUCUUGUUCUCUUUCGUACUCAUUCAUAAGGGAUUGUUCCUUUAGAGAAUAGUGUUUUUAAAUUUUUAAAUAAGAGUACUCUUUUUUAAAGAGCCAAAAAAUUUCUUUUUUAAAAUUAGAAAAGACUUUGAGAUGCAUUAUUUUUUACAUGAAGGCUUCUAAAUUUUAGAGACCUAUGAUGUGUCUCAGUAGUGAAAGUACUGAAAGAGACCAAAGAGCUGCUAUUUUUACCUUGACUUGAAUAAAAAAUAUUUAGUGAUCCAGUUUAUACGUGUGUACGAAUUGAGGAUAGAACAACAGCUUAUAUUAUGUAAGUGCUGCCUUUUUUGUGCAGUUAAAGAACAUGUGAGGCAUCAUGGUGAAAUCAGGCACCUGCAAAGUAAUACUGGAAUCAAAGAAA